AUGAGCCAAGAGAAGCAGGAGGCUGAUUUCACGCCGGAAGUCGAUGCUCUCUAUCCCGAACUAGAGAGGUCGGUGAAGGCAAGCGAUUUACUUAGCGUUUCGCGGCUCCUUAUGGUGGCCGUCAUGAUGAUUCGUCUUACACCUGAUGUGCACGCGACGGAUAUGCAGCUGCUUUGCGACACGAUUUUGGCUUACUCGAAAAAACACGGCCAGCUGAAGCAGGCGAUCGCUCGCAUGGUGCAGGUUGCAAUGCUUUUUUUGAAAGAGCCAGAAACGAAGGAUGUAAACGCACCUGCAUCUAUUUAUGCAGUGGUCGGGAAAGACACCUUGCACCCCAAUGACGAAGAAAUGAAAGACGCGGCGGAGCAUACCGACGCGAUGGACACAGACGAGCCGAAAAAAGCAGCGCCUGAGAGUGAAGAAGACGAGCGUGCGGGUAAAGAAGAUGACCGUAUUACCGCACUAUUUGCGCACGGGCGCAAAACUGGUGACACUGGCCUGGACAGUGAAAAGCGCAUGCAACUGCUUGAGACACUGAGUACUGUGACUGAAGGCAAAGUGUUUGUGGAAGUCGAGCGUGCGCGUAUAUGUCGCAUGAUGUCCGAUAUGCUGUAUGAAAAAGGCGAGGUGAACAAAGCUGCAGAUGUUCUGCAGGAUCUCGCUGUGGAAACAUUUGGCAGCCUUGGGCGUCGUGAGAAGGUUGACUUUAUCUUGGAGCAAAUGCGCCUCAACAUGGAGCGUGGAGAUUAUCACCGUGUUAACAUGUUUAGCCGCAAAAUUAACAUCAAGUUUUUUGAAGACGAGGCGCAUCAGGACCUCAAACUGCACUACUAUGAUCUCAUGACUCGUGCAGGAAUGCACGAUCGGCGCCACUUGGACGUGGCCAAGUACUACCACCAGGUGCUUAAUACGCCCACCAUUCGUGCGGACCAGGAAAAGACGGACGAAGCGCUACGCAGCAUGGUUCUUUUUCUGAUUCUCUCGCCGUUCGACAACGAACAGAGCGACAUGAUGAGUCGCGUCGAAACGAUGGAGCGCCUCGAUUCUGUUCCCGAGUACAGGAGCUUGCUCAAGUGCUUUACUAUGCCUGAGCUUAUGCGCUGGCCUGGAAUUGAGUCUUUGUAUGGGCCCACUCUUCGUGCCACGCCCAUCUUUGCGGGCAGCGACGACGCAGAGUACCGCUGGUCCCAAUUGCACGCGCGCGUCGUGGAACACAAUAUCCAGGUCGUUGAGAAAUACUACACGAAGAUCCGGCUUGAGAGUCUUGCGCAGUUACUUGACCUCUCCGUCGUGGAAGCAGAAGAUGCGCUCGCAGACCUCGUCACAAAACGCACAAUUCAUGCCCGGAUUGACCGGCCCGUUGGCUUGGUCGACUUUCGGCCACAGCUCUCCGAUGCGGAAGUGCUUAAUCACUGGAGCAGCGAUAUGGACAAGCUGCUGCGCACCGUGGAAAAGGUGUCGCACCUUGUAGAGAAAGAAUGGGCGAUUCACCGCGCCGGCUUGGUCGUCAAGGCCAACGAGUAG